AUGGAAAACAGCGCAUCUUCCGCCACUGGGUUGCAACUUGGUCCAUCGUCGGCAAAUGACAAGCCGCCGCCUGGAGCUCGCAAAAGAGGACGCAAUGCAUCUGCGUGUACACAGUGUCACACUAGAAAGCAAAAGUGUAAUGGCCAUCUGCCCUGCUUGAACUGCAUUCGACGAGGGGUCGGUCAUCUCUGCUCAGGUCCCCCGGCGCAAAAUCAACAGCAGCCGGGAAGCCGGGAAAGGCGCCCCCAGAACCCAACGCCUCGUACCCAAGAGCUGCGAGCACGUUCUCCAGCGUCGGAUGAAGUGGUAAGAGCGAGAGCGAGCAAUGGACGGGCGAGCAUCCCGGCUAUACCUUCAGAGUCACAGCCGCGUAUCGGGCAGCUUUGGAGUUCCAGAGGCGCUCCGGCAUUCUAUGGCACUUCUUACUUCGGGCCUCAGGUGGCGGCGAUCAUGAUCGACUCUUCCGCGCCUGUUAUUCCAGCGGGAACCGGAUCGCGCAGGGCGCUAGACGCACGCCCGUUUCGUGACGAAUCUGGACCGUUCUCGCAGAUAUGGGAUCUGUUGGGUCUCCUCCCGAGGCAGAAGACCACCGUAGAUCACUUGGUGGAUCGCUUCUUCAACGAUGUGAACCAAGACAUUGAUGCUGUACAUCCCACGUCUUUUCGACAAAGUUACGUCCAGUUCUGGGAGCGCAAGUCGGGCUUCGACGAUGUUACGACGGUAGAUUUGCGGUGGCUUGCACUUCUGUUUGUAAUUCUUGCGAUCGGCGCCUACCUGGACUGUCCGUUGGAGAGCACGCCUGACACCAAGCGAGACUACGAAGAGGCGUCCUUGAGGUUCUACUGGGCAUCAAGGAGAGCUAUUGUGCUGGCUCCGUCGUUCUACGGCGAAAGUACAGACCUCGUCCGUGCCGGCGUUCUGAUCACUCGAUACCUGAUCCAGACGCAACGACUGGCCGAAAGUUGGUUGACGGUUGGGUUCGCGGCGAGAAUCGGCAUUGCACAAGGUCUUCACGUGGAUGGAGAUAAAUGGGGGCUCCCCAGACGGUCCACAGAGACACGUCGGCGAGUAUGGUGUCAUCUGUACACGCUCGAUCGAAUGAUCUCCCUCGCUCUCGGGAGACCGUCUGUCAUCUCAGAUGCCCAGAGUAUCAUGGAAGAGCCCCAAAACAUUUUUGUGGACGAUCUCACAGAUGACGAGGCACGCUCCGCACAACCACAGCCAAUCACCGACCCUACCAUCAGUGCCAUGGCUUCAUUCGAAUAUCGGCUGGCCAAGGUCAUUGGGCAAAUCCAGGAAGCGUGUUUCCAAUUUCAUACGGCCUCGUAUCGAGAGGUCCUUGCACUUGAUGAGAAACUGCUGCGGUGGAGGGACACACUGCCCCCAUACUUCGCACUGGAAACUCCUGACUUGUCCCUCGACGAGACUCACCGCUUCUUGAAAUGGCAACGAUUGUACCUGCACACCAGCUUCCACUUUGCGCGCAUCACCUUGCACCGGCCUUACCUGCUCCGUUACUCGAUGACUCACCGCUAUGAGUACAGUAGGCAGGCUUGCCUCUCGUCUGCAAGAGCCGACUUAGGGACUCGGCUCAACAACCACACAUCGGUUGCUGCCGAGCGCUACGCAUUGAGUCUGGCUGCCCACCAACUCUUUAACAGCGCCAUCAUUCUGGGGAUCAUCGCCGUCCGGGAGGUCAAGUCGCCGCAGACUCCUGGAGUGGUCGAAGACCUCGAAGCCUACUGUGAGAUGCAGAGAUCGGAGAUGUGGCUGAGUGAGUUUGGCCUGGCCGAAAUCAAGGUGGUGGAAAUGUGCAUCGCCAAACUGAAGCAGCAACUACAGAGUGGCGCCAACCGCAGCACCGUCGUCCAGCAUCAGAGCCCGGAAGCAGCGCAAGUGCCCCCCAUAGCGGAAUUGAGCAAUGCUGCUCCGCUGGAUGUUGGCCUGACUUUCACAGCCGAGCAGCAGAAUCAUGCGCUGACGAACGACGGGGGACCGGAAAUGGCAACACCGUCCACUUUAGAUACGGGGAAAACACCGGCCUGGCAAGAUCAACUAUUUCCAGGCUCCUUCCCGGGACUCACGGACCUGCAGACGUGGCAAGAGGUUAUUGAUAAUAUUGACGUCGACUUUUGUUAUGAUGGAUAA